GUUGGAAAUUAACUCUUGUUCUUUGUUCUGUGUUUCCUCUAAUGGCUGCGGCUGGUGGACUUCUGGCAAAAAAUCUAAGUCAAGACACUACUGAAGCUGCUGGAGGUGUGGCAGAACAAGUACUAUCCGGUAUAAGAACCAUAGUAGCAUUUGGUGGUCAAAAACUUGAACUUGAACGUUAUACUACGCAAUUAGACCGUGCGUAUAUUGUGGGAAGGACAAAAUCAAUAAUUAGUGGUUUAGGUCUCGGGGUUCUUACGUUUAUUAUGUUUGGUUGUUAUGGUUUGGCUUUCUGGUAUGGUAGUAUUUUAAUUGUAAAUGGUGAAAUGACUGUAUUCAACACAGAGAAAGUAAAAGAAUACCUUGUUCUAUUAGUAGCAGCAUUAUCUAAUGCUUCUUGUACUAAUUGUUCAGAUUCAGUAUCAAGAGCAGAG